AUGUUUUGUCCGGUGGUCCGCUUAGUCUACGUGCGGCUCAUGCAAGAGCACUUCCCCCACAGGAAAAAUGCCUCACGUGCGGCUUCCAUGCAUCCUGUUGGAAGGAAAAUGGGCGAUGGUGACGGAUCUGACAUCUGCUCCCCUGCAGCCAUUGUCCUAGGAAAUGUUCCAUGUCGUGCAUGGUGCAUUAAAUAUACAUAUAAGCCACGAUCUCGUCUCUUUGCAGACUAUAAAUUAAUUAGAACUCCCUUUAUUGCUCUAAUGUCUGCGCCCAUGCAUCUACACCUGAGAGCAGUAGAAGAUAUAGAUACUGACUUACACUUCUCAUUUGGAAAAGUGUACCUUUUAUUAACUAUCGUUGUUCCACUGGCCCUGAACGGGAAAAUUGUUACAUCCUUUCACCUACCAAUAUUUCAUUGGUCAUAUAUACAUACAUAUAUGUAUAUUUUUUAG